GCGCAGCUCAUUACGAAGCCUCCUCCUUCUUCACCCCCUCUCCCCUCACCUGCACCAUCCUUCUUCGUCCGUCCGUCCUCUCUCGAGCCAAGCCGUGCCGUGCUCUGCGUUGCUCGCUUCUGCUGGGGGUGUGAGAAACAUGUCCAGGGACCAUGCUUGGCUGGCGUCUGUUCCAACAAGGCCAAAACCAUUUAUGCUUCAAGAGUUGGGAGGAAAAAAGGUUUCGGAGGGUGUCAAAAAGGCAGAGCUUUGCUGAUCAAGGCGGACCGUCGAAACCUUGGAAUCUUUGGACGUUUGGGCUGAGUGAUGAUAAGGUAAUAAGGUAGGUGGGUGGUCGAAGGGAAGUAGCCAUAUAUUAGUGUAGCAAAGAAAAGGAGGAGGAGGAGGAGGAGGUGGAGGAGGUG